AUGUCGUCGUCCGUCGACAGCAGUUCCCUCGGCAGCGGCGGAGACGGCCUCAGCCUGUCUUCAACACCAUACACCUGGAUCCUCACUCCCCUCAUCGUCUUCCUCGCCAUCGGCAUCCUCGCGACCCUCGUCCAGUUCCAGCGCCGCCGCCGCCUCCGCAGGCUCGGCCUGCAACGCCCCUGGCCCCGUCGCGACCUCGAGGCGAACCGUCAAGGAGCCGGAGCCGGAGGCCAGCGCUCCUCGCGCAACGGCCGCUGGGCCUGGACCACCCGCAGCGACGAGGGCCUGGACGAGUUCGGCGAGGCCCCGCCUGCCUACGAGCCGAAGGCGAAACCUGGCCAGGCCGUCACCCGCGAGGGCAGCUUCGAGAUGGCCCACGUCGAGCACGGCGGCGCCGCUGCCGGCGCCAUGCCUCCCCCGCCUCCCAUCGGCGCCGCCACGGCGGGAGCUGCCCGCGGCUCCCUCCCUCCAGACUACGGCACGGCCACCAGCUCCACUUCGUCGACACCAGCACCACCGGCGGCUGUCGCGACUCCACCUGCGGCUGUGACCAGAAACUAG